AUGUCGAGCAUCCCAGUACCACAGACCGUCAAGCGUCAACGAACUGCGGCUACCAUGCCAGGAGGUGCCGGGCCGAGCAAGCUGCGUACGCCUGCCGCCACUCGAACCAUCCCCGCCACACGCUCGGUCAGUGCAGCAGAAAGCGGCCGAUUCGUACCUGCUCGCCGCACCGCCACCAAGACCAGCACCACCACCACAGCAGCCUCGAUCGGGCUCACACUACCGCGCGCACCCAUGACCAACACCACCAACAGGCCGGCUGCCGGUGCUGCUGCAGGCGCCACAACACGCUCCAUCAGCGCAUCUAAGGUUGCACACGGUGCAGCACUCCCUGGUGCAGGCGCUGCUGUUAGGAGAGGCGUCACCAGCGUUACACGACUUCGUCCAGGCACCAACGCCGCCGCCGCCGCCGCUGCUGCUGCAGCAGCAGCUCGCAACAGUAACGGCAGCGCCACCUCGGCCAACUCUGGCGAUGUCGACCCGUCUCGCAUGGACGCUAUGGAAUCACGCCUGGCGUCUAUGGCCGAACUGUUCGAUCUCGAACGUCAAAAGACCGAGGAGAAGUGGAACAAGGAGCGAUCUGAGCGUCUAGCACAGGAGGACAAGGUGCGUCAGCUCGAAGAGGACCUCAUCGAACAGCGCAAGAUUGCGCAAUCCAAACAGGACGAGAUCAAGCGUCGACGUACGCUCGCCGACGACGAGCUCCUGCAGCUCACGGCCAAGUUCAACCGGGAAAAGCGUCUACUCGAGUCGGAGCUCGAACAGGAGCGCGAGACCGUCAUUGCGCUCAAAGCGACGCUCAACCAGCAGAGUACCAGCCACCUGACGAUGGAGAGCACCAACACCGCCCUCCGCUCGCAGAUCCAGGUGCUCCAGGACGAGAUCGAGGCGCUGCGUGCCAAGAUGGCCCACAUGGACAAAUACGUUGCUGAAACCAAAGCGGCCAACUUGCACCUCGAGACCGAGCUACGAGAAGCAGAAUCCCUGCGUCGCAAGCUGCACAACGAGGUGCAGGAACUGCGAGGCAACAUCCGCGUCUUCUGUCGUGUCCGUCCACCCUCGAACAACGACCUGAACAACGGUACUGAGGCGCUGGCCACCAUGCGCUUCCCCAACGAACGCGAAGCAGCGCAGAUCGAGCUGCUCGCAGCCGCCGAGUCUGCCACAGGAACAGUCACGAUGCGCAACCACCUCUUCACAUUCGACCGUGUCUUCCAGCCGACGGCGUCGCAGGCCGACGUGUUUGAAGAGAUCGCACACCUAACCCAGUCGGUGCUGGACGGGUACAACACGUCGAUCUUUGCGUACGGCCAGACGGGUUCGGGCAAGACACACACGCUCGAAGGCGCGCCAGACUCGAUCAGUAACUUUGGAAGCGACCCAGCAGCGGAUGCCGGGGCGGGGCUGAUCCCACGCGCCGUGCAGAUGCUCUGGUCCACCGCCGAGAGCUUGAAGGACAAGGGGUGGAAGUACGACUUUGAGGGGAGCAUGCUUGAGAUCUACCUGGAUAACAUCAACGACCUGUUGGGCAAAGCCGAGGUGGACAAGGCCAAGCACGAGAUCAAGCACGAAAAGGGACGCACGACCGUGUCGGAUGCGGUUGUGGUACCGCUCGAGUCGCCGGCGCAGGUGUUUGCGUUGCUGGAAAAGGCUAAGCGUAGGAGGCAGGUGGCGGCGACGCUGAUGAACGAACGUUCGAGUCGCUCACAUUCCGUCUUCAUGCUUCGAGUACGCGGGCAGAAUGCGACGACCAUGGAAGCGUGCGACGCCGUGCUAUCGCUCGUCGAUCUCGCCGGCUCUGAACGCUUAGCCAACUCCGGCAGCGACAAAGACCCGAUCCGCCUCAAAGAAGCGCAAUCGAUCAACAAGUCGCUCUCGAGCUUGGCCGACGUCAUCUCGGCCCUGGGACAGAACAAGACUUCCACCAACCACGUCCCGUACCGCAACUCGACGCUCACCUGGCUGCUCAAGAACAGCUUGGGCGGCAACUCAAAGACCCUGAUGCUGCUGGCAUUGAGCCCUAUGGCUGCCCACUUGAACGAGAGCCUGUGCUCGCUCCGCUUUGCGACAAAGGUCAACUCGACCACCAUUGGCACCGCAAAGGCGGUCAAGUCGGUCGCGGCUUAG